AUGUUUGGCUCGUUUCUUGUGUGGCUGGUGAACGUAGACAUUGCACCAGUUCUUGUAUAUGAAUUCAGUCAUGGGACCAUAUUCAUUUUGGAUUCAAGUGUGGUAAAACUAAAAGUUAAGCAGAUCGAUCACCCGCCUCAGAGAGUCAGACCAAGCAAAAAUCGAAGGGGUUGGCGCCACCGAACACAGAAAGGGCAUGUUGUAACCAAGAAGGAGUUAGCUCCACGCCCUUCUGACAGAAAAGGGAAAACAAGCAAAAGAGUCCACUUCGUUAGGAGCCUCAUCAGAGAAGUUGCAGGAUUUGCUCCAUAUGAGAAGAGGAUUACUGAGCUUCUUAAAUUUGGCAAGGACAAGCGUGCAUUGAAGGUCGCCAAGAGGAAGUUGGGUACUCACAAGAGGGCAAAGAAGGAGAGAGAGGAGAUGUCUAGCGUUCUCCGUAAGAUGAAGGCCACCGGAGGUGCUGAAAAGAAGAAGUGA